UUUGACCACGGUAGAAACAGCAGGGCUGGUUAUGUAACCUAUGAGUACCUAUCAUACAUAAUUUCGUUAUGUAUUUAUGUUGGCAAUUGAACAGGAGAGAUUCUAGUAUCAUUUUCUGUUUUUUUUUGGAAAUCCUGAUAUUGUCCACACGUGAAACUACCGGCAGAUGGAAAGGUAAAAGAAUUCCACAUCGGGCGCUGAAACCUCUUCUGCAGAAGCUGAAUGAACAUCAUCAUCAGUUGCCUGUUGAUCCCAGGAGGUUAUUGGAUACACCUCGUUGUAAACCGGAAAUGCAGCCAAUCGAUGGAGGUUAUUAUUGGCAUAACAGUAUAGAACUCUGCUUACGCUCCUUCUUCGAAAAUAUGACAGAAUCAUGCACAGCAUCUAUCAAUAUUAAUAUCGAUGGACUUCCGUUGUACAAGAACGGAACAGCACAAAUAUGGCCAAUACUUGUCAACGUAUCAGAAAGACCCGAAAUUCCACCCAUGAUAGCAGGGAUUUUCUAUGGAAAUAAUAAGCCUAAACGCGUUGAACAGUUUCUAGCCCCGUUCGUGGAGGAAAUGCUUCCAAUCAUAGAACAGGGAGUAAUCAUAAAGGAACAUAAAUUAACAGUUAAAGUUCGUUCAAUAAUAUGCGACGCACCUGCUAGAGCGUUUGUUAAGGGUGUUGUGAACUUCAAUUCCAUACAUGGUUGUCUCAAGUGUUGUACAAUUGGUGAAUAUUCCAAAGAGUUGCGAACAACAAUCUUUCCUCAAACAAGUGCUGAGCGUAGAACCAACCUUGGUUUCCGUGACAGACUAUAUGGCAAGCACCAUCAAGAUCACAAAACACAUCAGGAUAGAAAAAUCAUAAGAACACCUAUAGAAACACCUUUUUUGAGAUUACCUAUCGAUAUGGUUGAAGAUUUUAUUGUCUCUGAUUCUCUUCAUCUGCUCCAUCUAGGAGUGAUGAAAAAAUUACUUCUGACCUACAGAGAUGGGCAUAAAAAUAUUUUCAAAUGGUCUGCAAAAACCCUGAAGGAAAUUUCGAAACUGUUAGUUCAAAUUAAACUUCCAAUCGAAAUUCACCGUUCCGUACGUGGAAUGGACUAUGUGAACCACUGGAAGGCUUCGGAGUUUGGAUCGUUUCUGAAUUACAUAGGAAUUGUUGUUCUCAGGCACUUUUUGAAUGAAGAUCAUUAUAAGAACUUUGUAAGACUUUUUUGCGCAAAUACGAUCUGCUCAACGAAUUAUUACCAGCGCUUUUUACCAGUAGCAAAAGUAUUAUUCAAAGAAUUCAUAGCGGAUUAUCAUGACCAUUUUGGAUCAGUAACAAGUAAUAUCCAUAAUCUAGUUCAUGUCGUCGAAGAGGUUGAGACAAAAGGUCCGCUCCCAUCUAUUUCAACAUACCCUUUUGAAAACCAUUUGUAUCAAAUCAAAAAGACGGUUAGAUCAGGUAGGCUUCCAUUAUCUCAAAUAAUUAACAGAAUGGCAGAAAAAGAUAAACUUCGUUACAAAAAUUCUCACCAUAAUCAUGUUUAUCCGACUUUCGAGGAACAGUCAAAAACCGACAGUUCCAUAUUUUUGAGGAUUUCACUCAGUUUGCAUUUCACAUUAAGAUCAAAUUUCACUGAUAAAUGGUUUUUGACCAAACAGCAUCAGAUAAUUGCUAUGGAUUUCACUAAAUUUGAUGGUAUAUUCGGGAAGCAAAUGAUUACGCAAAACCAAAAUCUAUUUAUAGACCCAAUUGAUUCGACUUGUUUAAAUGUAUUCAUGAUUAAUAGCGCCCCAACUUACGACGAACAGCGGAUCUAUCAGAUAGACAGUAUAUUAUGUAAGCUUGUAGUAGUGGCUAAUGGAAACGAUAUGACUUUUAUACCAAUGGUACACACGCUACCAACAAAUAUGCAAAUGUAA